UUUAAAUUAAACAAAACUAACCCUCACUUGACCAAGCUUUAUCAAAUCAGUCCCAAUCCAUAAACAAUGAUUCCAUUUAUUCAAAAUCAACCCUUCAUUUGGUAUUUUUUCUUACCAAAACAGUCCUAACCAUCUCUAAUAAAAUUACCAAAAAACUCAUAUACUUUAGCAAAGUUGCAAAUCAGUCCCCGAUAGUACCAAUUUAUUACGAAAUAGACCCGAAAGUGUUUAAAAGUUCAAGAAUUGUGGAUUUGCGGUUUCUCACGUCAAACUUCUCAAAGAAACCGAAUUCGAACGAUUGCAACGCUUGGCGAUCUCUAACCGCCUACGAAUAGGUGUUAGAGGGUUAGCUAGUCGUUUUUGAUCAAUAUCGGUCAAAGUCGGUCCUAAUUGGACAAAAUCGGACCAACUCGAACACCAAGUCAGACCAAAAUCGGCUCAACUAAGUCUAAAAGACCCACAAGCUCAAAGGAGUCGGCUAGCCCAAAGCUUUGUUGGGUUUGAUUAUCAAAGGGGCUAGCUCCCCUUUUUAUAGAGUAAGUUUUGCCUUCAUCAAUUAUCCCCAAGCGAUGUGGGUUGAACUUUUAAUUGUUUCAUAUCUAUUCUUUGCGUCUCUUUCUUCCCCACUUUGCAUCUCGUUCUUCCCCACCUUUCUCUCUCGAUCGAACAACCCCUGCUCAACUGUUGAAUAUAUACAGGUGCAACCCACCGCCGAGCCACCUUCAAUACUUUCAUCACUUGCUUUUAAUGAUUUGAGUGGUGAAAUCCCUUCUGGACUUUGGGAUAUGGAGAAAUUAAAAUUGUUUGAUCUUGAAGCUAAUUCGAUUCACGGCAGGGAAUCAAUCGUCGUUCGUAUUACAUCUGAUCAUGUUGAUUCAUUCGUAACUUUUCUUGCUAUCACUUAUGUUGAUCGUUUCCUGUCAACAAACAUCAAUAUACCGGUGGUUCUACGUGAUAAAGGUUUAAAAGAAAAUUUGAAAUUGUUCGUCUUCUGUUGGGUUUCAAUCGCUUGCAAAAGACAUUGUUCAGUCUUCUGUUGCGUUUCACUCCGUUUGUGGAUCUCCCUCCGAUUCACGAUUUGUUUUCGAACAAAUAGAGAACUAGAAUUUGUAUCAAUGGAACGCAAUAAUCAAUGGAUAAACUAGAAACGAUCUCUGUUAUGAACCGAUUCUUGUCUUUUCCUAGUUUUUUGUAACAUGUCAUAUACCUGAUAAUUUCGCCUUACCUUGCAUGAUCAAAGCUUGCGUCGGAGCUCUGAAUUUGAUAUGUGGACAGGUGGUUCACGGGAUGGCUGUGAAGACAGGUUUGAUCUCAGAUGCUUUUGUGGGUAAUGCGUUGGUUGCAAUGUAUGAGAAAUUUGAACUUAUUGAUGAUGCAGUUAAGGUGCUCGACUUUUGUCCUCAAAGAAACUUGAUCAACCUUCUUAAACUUGCACAUUUUAUUGUUAUAGUCUCUAGGCAAUAUUAAGUGAAAGAAGUUGUCAUAAGCUAUCUGGAAGGAGUGAUUGAAAAGCUCUAAGCUACAAAAGAGAUGCGUAUAGAUGGAAAGUGUUUGAGGAAAUGCUUAUGAGAAUCAAACUUGUAACUAGCUUGCUAAGUGUUUGAGUAAAUGCCUAAGAGACGAAAGUUACAAAUUGAAAAGAAAAAUAAAAUUAUGUAUUAAAUAUUUAUUAUUCUUAA